UAGUAAUUUAAAACCUAAUUAAAAAGAAGCAAUGCACGAUCGAACAACAGGUGUUUCGUGUGAAUUAUGUUUAUCACAAAAAUCGACAUAGUGUAUCAAAUUGAUCUUACAAAUUGUAUUAUUUCAAUACAAAGUGGAGAAACCAACUUUCUUUAUCAGGUCUAAAAAUAGACAAACCGCAAUGUCAUGAAUGUUGUUUACAUCUUUUUAUAACUAAUUCGGAUGAAUAUACAAAUGGAAUACACGAGACAGAGAGAUGCGUCAUAUUCUUAGAGUACUGCUGAUGCUACUCAUUUGUCAGGUGGUAAGAAGCACACCUUCAUGUACACCAAAUCAAAUGAGGCGAAUAGACAAAUCAGGAAAUUAUAUAUGCUGUUACGCAGUAAUUUGUCGACAAGGACAAACAUUUGCGUUUUGUGAGCACGAUCAGAGUUUUGAUACUUGUUCAAACUGUCCCGAAGGCACAUAUCAUCUCGACACCAUCGACACUUCAAAAAUGAAUACAGAAUUAGAUCCAUGUAUACCUAAACCAACUUGUGAGCAACCUGAAGUUAGAUUAGAAAAUGGCAAAUGUAUUUGUGAUAGAAGUCUUGGUUAUUAUGGAAAUGAUAUUUAUAACUGCAUGUUAGCAGAAAUGAUAUGUUCUAGUCCUGGAUUCGAACUUAAAGAUAAUGGCAAAUGUGAGCCCUGUGCUGAAGAUUUCUUCAAACAAGAAGCUAGUGCUGAACACAUCUGUAAACGCAAAUCUAGUUGCCACGAAUCUCAAGAAAUUGCUAACAAUGGCUCUACUACAACUGACAGAUCUUGUAAAGCUAGAACAAUGCAGAAUCUACCAGCAAUCAAACUAACUACAGAAAAUAAUAAUGAUAAUAAUGAUAAAAAUAAAAAUCAAAGUACCAAUGAACAGCAAAAUGAUGGCUUUGUUAUUGGAAUCAUCAUUGGUAUCAUCGGAGUGGCAAUAAUCGUUUGUGUUGCCGUUGUAAAAAUACGUCGUAGAGAUCAACCACUUCAAAUUUGUUUAUGUAUACAAUCCUGGUCAACUAAUUGCCACACAUAUGAAAAGGCUUCAAAGGAUUUUGAUAACAAUAAGAAAUACAAUGAAAUAGAUAUAUUAUCCAAUAGAAGUAUAUCUAACACCUACGAGGAAGCAUGUGUAUUGAUGUCAGGUGUCAUAGAAAACAAAGAAGAUAAAAUUCAUAGUGAUAAUACUAGUACAAAAGAAAAACAAGUUUCAAUUUUAAAAGAAGAAAUCGAAAAACAUCACUUUGCAGAAGUUCACUGUUCACCUGGUGCUGGAUCAUUUCCCGAAUGUUCGACAGACAGUAGUUCAUCUGUAGCACAUGAGGGAUUCACAGAUUUUAUUUCAAGUUCAAGUCCAAAUAGUUCUUGCAAGCCAAUACAUAUAAGUAAAGCAAAAAAUGCACCGCAAAAAUUAAAAAGCAUUUCACACAAUCGGCACGAAAGAACGUGCACAUCCGAUAAAAAUAGAAUUAACGCUGAAUUCAGUGAUAAGAAAACAUUAGUCUCAAGUGACAAUGAACAAAAUGAAUUACAAACAAAACAAAAUUUAAUUCAUCCUUAUGAUGUGUCAAGUAAUGAAAAGUUGAUAGAGAUGACAAUUGAAGGUGAACAUGUUUGCAGAAAGAAAACAUAUGUGAUGCCAAAUGUGGAAGAGGCCAAAUCAAGGUCAAAAAGAAAAAAAUCUGGCAAUGCGGGGAAUAAUGAUGAAAAAGAGCAUUCAAAAUAUGAAAAUAUGCCACGGAAGAAUGUUAAGGCAAGAAUGAGACAACUUGAAAAUACUAAUGAUAUUCGGCAAUUGAGAAAUACCCAAACGAAGACACUCUCUAAAAUGGAUAAAACUACUCAGUCAGCAGUGGAUGAACCACUAAAUAUUUUAGUAGAUGAAUCAAUUGCCGAUCCAUAUACUCGGAGACGAACAGAAUAUCUGAGACAUGUCCACGAAUCUUGCAUCGAUGAUGUAGAUCAACAAAGACAUGAAGACAAUAGAAGUUCGAAAUUUGAUUUUAAGAAUGAGCACCUUCCAAUGAUAAUCGAAAAUCCUGCAAUUAACGUAAUAUCAAGCGUUGCUACAGUAAAGCCUAGAAUAAGAAGUAAAGAAAAAGACCCCAACAAUCAAUGGACAACAGACGAACACCAUUUGGCAGUUACUCAACCUGAAAAUCAAGAUGUAUUAAGGAAAGUAGCAACGAAUAUCGCGCCGCGACCUGCAGAAUCUGAAAUGUCAAAUGUCCAUUCGGGGUCUUCAGCAAAUACAAGCCAAGAAGAAAAUUCCGAUGAUACCGAGUCUACCGAAAGUUCAGGAUCGUCUGCAUUUGACCCUUGCGAGGAAACUGCAUUGAAAUUUUUACCACCUGUGGAUUCAGUUGAGUUUCAUUCUACGUAAUAUUUUCCUGCUGAAAAAUUAUAAAAAAAUAACAAAGUAUAUUAUUAUUUUAAAAUCGACUCACUUGGAAGUUUUAAAAUAGUAACUUUAAAUUCUUGUUAAAGUAUAUAUAUGUGUGAAUAUGUGUUUGUGUAUGUGUGCUUUUGGUGUGAGUGUUAAAAUCGCACUUACAAAAAAUAGUUUUGACGUUUGAGAUAUCACGAUUACUAUUUGAAUUAACGAUUGGUAUUGAAUGUUGAAAUAAAUAUUUUGACUCAGA